GCAGAAUUCUGUGCGCAGUGUUAGUCAAGAGUGGUAACAUUUUUUUUUAGAAAAAUAAAUCUUAAAGUGCUGGUUUAAAAAUGCUGAGACGUGGCUUAAAAAAUUUACAACAAAUUGGUCGAAGCUAUAGCAAUCAAGUUAAUGUUGGUACUUCACCAGAAAGGCAACAACAGUUGGCUUUAAUGAAUGAUUCUUGCAUGCUUGUUAAUGCAAAUGAUAAAGUGAUUGGAAAAGCUAGCAAAUCGGAUUGCCAUCUUGUAGAUACGUAUGGAAAAGUUAAACUUCACAGGGGUUUUAGUGUCUACUUAUUUAAUUCACAAGGAGAUUUGGUGAUCCAUCGUCGCUCCAAGCAUAAGAUUACAUACCCCAGCUUUGUUACAAAUACAUGCUGCUCUCAUCCCUUGCAUGAUAUCGAAGAAGAAAGGGAAGAAAAGGAUGCAAUUGGCGUUCGAAAAGCAGCUCGCAGACAACUAAAUCGUGAACUUGGAAUACCGCUCGAUCAAAUUAAACUUGAGGAUUUAAACUACGUAAUGCGACUUUACUAUCAUGAUGCCGGAAAUGAUAUCUGGGGAGAGCAUGAGAUUGCUUAUAUGUUUGUCAUGCAGAAAGAUGUAGAUAUUAAACCAAAUCCCUCAGAGAUAGAUGAAAUUUAUUAUAUAAAGCGAGAGAAUUAUCACAGAGAUAUACUAGAAAUGGAUGCUCCUCUGACACCUUGGUUUGCUCUUAUACUAAAACACAGACUGGCGAAUUGGUGGGACAACCUUGGUAAUCUAGAAAAAUGCACGGAUCAUUCAAUUCAAAGUUUCUAUCCAAAGUAGAGUUUGAACUCGAUUGCUAAUUCUUGAUAGGAGCUGCAAUUCAACUAAACGAUCUGGGUGGCAAAAAAUGGGGCUGGGUAAAUUCGGGGAAAAGGUUUUACUUUACAGGCUUUACAUAAUUUAUAUAUAUGUAUGAAGAAAAGGUGCAUUAUGAAACAAAGAUACAAAUAAAUAAUUAAUGGAA